UCACAUUAGCCUUGAGAAUCGUUCAAAUCAAGUUGACAGCUUGUAGAACUUUUCAAGUCAAAGUGACUCCGGAUGCCCAAAAUUUUCCAGUUUGACCAAAUUGUAUGAAAUCUGAUCCAAAUUCUUGCCACCAAAAUGGACACCGACUUCCUGGAACCGGCCACCCGUGCCGUACUGGCCAUGACGGCCGCCCUUCUGCUGCAUCACUCGGAUGAGUUCAGCCGGAAGUUGCAGCGCAAGUUUCGCAAGUCCCCAAACCUUUCCCAACAACCCAACCUGCUACCGGUGCCAAGAUCUGCCGAGCAGAUCCAGGAAGUGGAACCAGGCAGUGACGCUUCCAUAUGCACUGUAUCGGACGCUUCCAGCAUCAUCGCACAAGGUCCCGCCAUUGUUUACAGCACUCCGGAGGAGCAGCCUUCUCCUUACGAAAGUUACGAAUUUCCUACUCCUGAUAGACCACCUCUGACGGAAGCGCUUCACGGUGGCUACGCCCAUGUCCCCAACGUGGUCGUGGGGCAACAUGCGGCAGGUCCUGGUUGGACCGGAGGAUACCCAAGGGAUUUCGAGACCCCUAAAAGGCCUCCACUUCGAGGUCCUAUUGUUAUGGUAGAUUCUCCGGCACCGAUCUAUCGGGGACGAUACCUCUACACAGCCCCACAACCGGAACUGGAAGAAAGCUUCCAGCUAAGGCGUCGACCAGUUCCGCUCCGAAGGCAAGUUAUGCGAGACGUUGGACCUCUCGACACAUCGUACACUGCUCCGGCACCCUUCAUCCGAACGCCGACGGCCGCUGUGUCACGAACUCCCCAAAAACGUGUCUUCCAGCGGCAGGUUGCAAGCGAAUCUCCAGUCAUCGUUAGCUCAACCGUUCAGCGAGGUGUCGUCCCCCAAUCGCGGUUCUUCCCGUCGGAACCCUCGCCAAUUCUCGCUCCUCCACGAUCUCCCACCGGUUCCAUGCUCAUCCGGACUCCACAGGGAAUCCGGGUGAUGACACCCCAGGAAGAGCAGUCUUUCCGCCUAGCUCGCAUGCCAGCGGAACAUAUUCGAGCUCGACUUGUCAGAGGUACCCAGGUGACCCCGCAGAGCCCCCGAACCAGUCCGUACUCGAUACCCCAAACCAGCGUCCUCCCACCGGAAAGUCCCGAAUCCAUCCAGAUGGCUCGUGCCGCCGAUCGAUACCACGUUCGAAGCCGGAUAGCGCGAAGACCUCCAACUACACCCACCUCCCGACCCGGUCCCUACGCCAUUCCAGAUUCCGCCAAAGCCGAUUCCCCCUUCAAGAUCGCCAGACCCGCCGGAGGCUACCGACGCCACCAACAAGAAUCCCUAAUGGACAGCAGCCUACCCUCCUUCGCCGGAUUCCCCCUCGCGGAAGCCAGCCGUGCCCAAGGCUACUAUUCAGCAAUCGCUUCCACUCCAAUCUCCCGACAAGGAAUCGGCUUCCCAGACCUGUCCCAACUUCCACCAACCCCAAUCAACGUCACCCAAGAUAGCCUGCUCGGCCCCAAUUCCCCCCAAACCCCAACCCAAAGAGUCCCGAUCCCCGCCGGUUCCCCCUACGCCCGAUCCCGCCCCCAACCCCAGCAAUCCUACAUCGCCCCAACACCAACCUCCCUCCACAGUCCCUCCCACAUCCGGUCCCCGAUUCGUCCGCCCGGUUGGGACGCAGCCACCGCUCGACACCUCAUGAGCUCGGCCAUCAGGGACAAAACCGCUUCUCCGCAGCAGUCCAGGCAGGAGAACCUGCUCGAGGACGAGGAGAUGGACUUUGCGCCGGAUAUGAACUCGACGAUCCGGGAUGCGGCGGAGACGGCGGCUGGAGCGGGGCAGGGGGAUGACAUUCGGGACGCGCUGUGGACGUUGUACAGCAGGAUUAACCGGCAGGUGGCGAUCAUACAGGCGGGGGAUAAGCCGGGUGAGGAGGAGAGGGUUGGGAUCUUUCGGAGGAGUUCGGCGGAUUAUGACGCGGAGGAGGGGAGGAUGAGGGAUUGAGGUGGGGGGAGGCCCG